CUUGAACUUCUUGAAAAAGUUCCGAUGCCCUGGAACGGCAGUCAAUCGCGAAUACUAAUACACUUAGACUGUUCUUGUCGCAAAGGGGCAAAAAAUGCGCCUCGCUUGUUCUGAACUCGCCUCCUCUACUCCCUCGUGUCGAUAUCCGUUCAACAGUCUGUAUCCAUAACAGUCAGUCGACCUAUUUUACCGGGGCUAGUACGUGAUGGAGUGGUCAUGUUGUCCGAUGCCUUGCCUCUAUCCACCGAUGCUGUAUCUCCAAGGGGAACGUUCUUAGUCUGCCUAGUGUAUAAAGAUGAAGGGUCUCCGAAAUCUAGGCAUUAAUGGCUCAGCCCCUUCCCUCUAUCGACGCCGUUUUGAGCACCCUGCCCUUUCGUAAUGUGUACAGUACAGGCCUAUUCUAUUCCUCACCUAAAUCUACGACCUCGGAUGAAUCCCAUCCACACGACUCGGUACAUCCUUAUCCUGUGAUCGAAGCCAGAAAACGACGCAAGGCAUGGAGUCACGUCUUCGAAAAAGCCAUCUUUACUAGUGAGGAAAUAUCCAACGAAUCGGCCCCUCGACGCCGUAAAGUCUACGUGUCGAGUCUUGAAGCUCACAUUGAUGCUUUGCAUGACCAGCUCCUUCAAAUGGGCUUGUGGCCCGUUUCGACGAAGGAAUUGGAACGACACAAGGGGCUGAAUUCCAAAACUGCCAAGAGCAUGGUUGCUAUGUACCACCACAAAGUCGUGUUGAUGCAAAUAAAAAUUUCUCAGUAUGAGAAAAUGAAUCAGCAUCAUGCUCAGCAAAACCUCGCGCUACGGGAGAGUCAUUAGGAUUGGACAGCUGCUUAAGCUUUUGGACACGUUCCAUAAUUAAUCGCCAUCGUCUUGUACUUAAGCAUUAAGCAGUAAAAUUUGAAAAACAUCUUAUCGCUUU